AAUUAGAUGAAGAAGAACCAACAUCAGCAGGACCAUGCAGUCCUAAUCCCUGUCACAACGGUGGAAUAUGUGAAAUCAGUGAAGCAUACAGAGGAGACACAUUUAUAGGCUAUGUCUGUAAAUGUCCACGGGGAUUCAAUGGGAUCCACUGCCAGCACAAUGUGAAUGAAUGUGAAGUGGAGCCCUGCAAGAAUGGUGGCAUUUGUACAGAUCUCAUAGCCAACUAUUCCUGUGAAUGCCCUGGGGAAUUUAUGGGAAGAAACUGCCAAUACAAAUGCUCUGGGCCAUUGGGAAUUGAAGGAGGAAUCAUUUCAAACCAACAGAUCACAGCAUCAUCUACGCAUCGGGCACUUUUUGGGCUCCAGAAAUGGUAUCCCUACUAUGCACGACUUAACAAGAAGGGUCUUGUAAAUGCUUGGACUGCAGCAGAAAAUGACAGAUGGCCAUGGAUUCAGGUAACAGAUGGCACUGAGAGAGGAUGGGUAGGGAUCGCCUAG